UUCCGCUUGUACAUAGAUUACAGGGGUUUGAACCGGGUCAUUGUGAAGAACAUGUACCCUCUUCCCAGGAUCGAUGAGUUGUUGGAUCAGUUGAGAUGUGCUACUUGGUUCUCCAAGAUAGAUCUGUCGUCGAGUUAUCAUCAGAUUCCGAUAGAUGAGGCAGAUGUUAGGACGACUGUGUUCAGGACGAGGUAUGGGCAUUAUGAGUUUGAGGUGAUGCCGUUUGGUUUGACUAACGCGCCAACAGCGUUUAUGAGAUUGAUGAACAACGUGUUUCAGGAGUUUCUGGACGUGUCUGUCAUCAUUUUCAUCGACGAUAUCCUGGUUUAUUUCAAGAGUCUUGAGGAGCAUGCAAUGCAUUUGAGGGCAGUUCUAGAGAAGCUGCGGGAGCAGAAGCUGUUUGCUAAAUUGCGCAAGUGCAGUUUUUGGCAGCCUGAGAUGGGUUUUAUGGGUCAUAUUGUUUCGGCAGAGGGGGUUUUUGUAGAUCCGGAGAAGAUUUAA